AUGUUAAUUCAACACUUCAACUCGUCUUCGCCUACUUUCGCCGGAGAUGGGCAAGAGCGCUGCCUGCCGACACCUCCACCCACUCCGGAAAUUCAUCCGGCCUUCCGUCAGUCGCCGCGGUAUAAUCUGACGUGCUAUUCGCCCUCGUCGUCGCCACCCAUCCAGAACCCGCACUCGGCUUUCGUUCCGAACCGCACCUUCGUUGGACUUCCUCCAACAACGAAGAAGUUCAACUUCGCCAAGCUCGCCGAGUCGGCUGUCGAGGACAAGACCAGUGCGAAACGUGAAGCUCAAGCGACGGUGAUCUCAGCCUGCAUGAUCCAAAGGAGCCACGAGCUAGCCAUCAGGAACAUCAUCCUCCAACAACUCUGCUCGCAGCAACAACAACAGCAGCAGCAACAACGAGAGCAGUUCCAGAAGCACAAACAAGAUCGCCAACACCACCUGCAACAAGCCGCUCCGCAGCAUGGUUUUGCGAAGCACUUGAAAGACAUCCACCCCGUCGACAAUGUCAACCCGCUCCAGCAGCAGCAGCAGCCGACGUCAACGCGAGCGAAGAAGGAGUUCGUUUGCCGUUUCUGCAACCGUCGUUUCACGAAGAGCUACAAUUUGAUGAUCCACGAGAGGACUCACACCGACGAACGCCCUUACAACUGCGACAUCUGUCACAAAGCGUUCCGGCGCCAGGACCAUCUGAGAGAUCACAGGUACAUCCAUUCGAAAGAGAAACCAUUCAAGUGUACAGAGUGCGGGAAAGGCUUCUGUCAGAGCCGAACGCUCGCCGUCCACAAGAUGCUCCACAUGGAGGACUCACCACACAAGUGCCUACAGUGCGGACGGACCUUCAAUCAGCGUUCGAAUUUGAAAACCCACCAACUGACACACACAGAUAUCAAGCCAUACACGUGUGAUCACUGCAAGAAGGAAUUCAGACGGAACUGCGACCUCCGACGUCAUCUGCUCACUCACGGAAUCAAAGCGGAGUACAUCAGCGGGAGCUCCGAUGAAUCAAUGGACGAGGAAACGACCGACGAUUUUUGA